AUGUAUGACUUAGAAGUUGGAAUAUACCGAGUUUCUGAAGAAGACUUGGGCCUUGUGACUGCUAACAUAGAUUAUGAGUUACAGAAGUAUCAUAGUAAUCCACAGACAGCUGUAUACGUUUAUGAGCCACAAGUACCUGAGGUUUUUUAUGAAAAAACUAUUGCUGACCAAUAUUAUGAAAAACAACUUAGAGAAAUAACUCUUUCUGACCAAGAUUAUGAUGAACAAACUUUGCCUGACCGAAAUUAUGAUGAGAAACAUAUUUCUGCCCAAAGUUAUGAGGAUUGCAAUCAACAACAUUAUGAACAAGCUAUUGUUGACCAAAAUUAUAAUCAAGAGUAUGAUGAACAAGUUAUAGCUGACCAUUACGAGCAAGAACGUAAUGAUGAACAAAUUAUAGCUGACCGAAAUUACGUUCGAGAACAUAUUGACCAAGCUAGUGCUGCUCAAUAUGAAAAAGAAUAUGGUGAACAACCUGUUGCUGGCCAAAAUUAUGAACAUGAAUAUGAUGAACAAGUUAUAGCUGACCAAAAUUAUGAGCAAGAACCAAAUGAACAACUUAUUGCUGAAAAUUAUGAGCAACCAAUUGAUGGCCAAUAUUUUGAGCAAGAACAUGCUGAACAAACUAUUGCUGACCAAAAUUCCGCGCAAGAAUAUAUUGUCCAAGCUAGUGCUGAUCAAUAUGAGCAAGAAUAUAUUGAACAAUCUAUUAAUGAACAAAAUUAUGAACAUGAAUAUAUUGAACAAUCUAUUACUGAACAAAAUUAUGAGGAAGAAUAUGUUGAACAACCUAUAGCUAACGAAAAUUAUGAGCAACCAAUUGAUGACCAAUAUUUUGAGCAAGAACAUGCUGAACAAACCAUUGAUGACCGAAAUUACGAGCAAGAACAUAUUGACCAAGCUAGUGCUGAUCAAUAUGAGCAUGAAUAUGAUGAACAACCUGUUACUAAUAAAAAAUAUGAACAAGAAUAUAUUGAACAACCUAAAACUGAAGAAAAUUAUGAACUAGAAUAUGUGGAAAAACCCUUAGCUGACAAAAAUUAUGAGCAACAACCUAUUGUAGACCAAUAUUAUGAGCAAGAACACAAUGAACCACCUAUUGCUAACCAAAAUUAUGAACAAGAAUAUGAUGAACAACCUAUAGUUAACGAAAAUUAUGAGCUGCAGCCUAUUGCAGACCAAUAUUAUGAGCAUCCUGUUGCUGACUAUUAUGAAGAAGUACAUAAUGGCCAACCUGUUGGUGACCGUUAUGAGCAAGAAUAUGAUGAACAACCUAUAGCUGAUGAUAACUAUGAGCAAGAACAUAUUGAACAACCAAUUGCUGAACAUUAUGAGCUAGAAUGUGAUGAACAAUCUAUUGCUGACGAAAAUUAUGAACAACAACCUAAUCCUGAUCAAUAUUAUGAACAACCUGUUACUGACUAUUAUGCAAAAGCACAAGAUAAACAACAUGUUGCUGACCGUAAUGAGCAAGAAUAUGAGAAACAACCUAUAGCUGAUGAAAAUUAUGAGCAAGAAUAUAUUGAACAACCAAUUGCUGAUGAAAAUUAUGAUCAACAAUCUAUUCCUGAUCAAUAUUAUGAACAACCUGUUGCCGAAUAUUAUGAGGAAGCACAUAAUGAAGAACAUCUUAUGUCUAACGAGCAACAACAUAUUGACCAAGUUACUGCUGAUCAAUAUGAACAAGAAUGUGAUGAACAAUCUGUUGCUGACCAAGAUUACGAACAACAACAUAUUGUUGACCAAAAUUAUGAGCAAGAAUAUGUUGAACAACCUAUUGCUGGCGAAAAUUAUAAGCAAGUUUAUGAUGAACAACCUUUGCCUGAACAAUAUUAUGAGCAACAACCAAAUGAACAACGUAUUGCUGACCAACCUAUAACUGACGAAAAUUAUGAGCAGCCUAUUGCAGACCAAUAUUAUAUUGUUGACCACAAAUAUAUACAAGAAUAUGAUGGACAACCUAUUGCUGAUCAAAACUAUAAGCGAGUAUACGACGAACAACCUAUAGCUGACGAAAAAUAUGAGCAACAGCCUAUUGCGGACCAAUAUUAUGAUCAACAACAUAGUGAACAACCUGUAGCUGGCCAAAAUUAUGUACAAGAAUAUGAUGAAGAACCUAUAGUCGACCAAGAUUAUGAUCAACAGUAUAAUAAACAACCUAUUGCUGACCAUUAUCAGCUAGAAUAUGAUGAACAACCCAUUGCUAACGAAAAUUAUGAACAACAACCUAUUUCUGAUCAAUAUUAUGAACAACCUGUUGCUGAUUAUUAUGAGGAAGCAAAUGAUGACCAGUCUAUAGUUGACCAAAAUGAUGAAAAACCUAUAACUGACCGAAAUUACGAGCAACAACAUGUUGACCAAGGUACUGCUGAUCAAUAUGAACAAGAAUAUGAUGAGAAACCUGUUUCUGACCAAGAUUAUGAGCCACAAUAUAUUGUUGACCAAAAUUAUGAGCAAGAACAUGUUAAACAACCUAUUGCUGGCGAGAAUUAUAAGCAAGUUUAUAAUGAACAACCUAUGCCUGAACAAUAUUAUGAGCAACAACCAAAUAAACGACUUGUUGCUGAACAAAAUUAUAAGCAACAACACAUUUUUGACCAAAAUUAUGAACAAGAAUAUGUUGAACAACCUAUAACUGACGAAAAUUAUGAGCAACAGCCUAUUGUAGACCAAUAUUAUGAUCAACAACAUAGUGAACAACCUGUAGCUGACCAUUAUGAAGAAGCACAUAAUGACCAACCUGUUGGUGACCAUUAUCAGCUAGAAUAUAAUGAACAACCCAUUGCUGACGAAAAUUAUGACCAACGAACUAUUCCUGAUCAAUAUAAUGAACAACAUUUUGCUGAAUAUUAUGAGGAAGCACAUGAACAACCCAUUAUAGCUGACCAAAAUAAUGAACAACCUGUUGCUGAUCAAAAUUAUGAGCAAGUAAAUGAUGAACAAACUUUGCCUGACCAGUAUUAUGACCUACAAUCCAAUGGACAGCCUAAUUCUGAGCAAAAUUAUGAGCAUCCUGUAGCUAACCAAUAUGAGGAAUCACAUCAUAAACAGCCUAAUACUGGCAAAAAUUAUGAGGAACAACCUGUUGCUGACCAAAAUUAUAAGGAACAACCUAUUGCUGACCAAAAUUAUAAGGAACAACCUAUUGCUGAACAAACUUAUGAGGAACUACCUAUGGCUGAACAAAAUUACGAGAAAGAACCUGUUGCUGAAGAAAAUAAUAAUGAACAGCCUUUUUCUGUCCAACUACAUAAUGUGCAAUCUGAUGCCGACCAAAAUAUGGAACAAACUAUAGCUGACCAAAGUAAUGAUCCACAGCCAGCUACAAACAACACUGUGCUGACAACUUCUAACAAAGAUUUUGUGAACUUCUCACUUGAAGAAAGUCAAUUUAUUCUUUUGACUGUACCAUCAACUAAUGACUCGAUUUUGAU